AAGAGGAGAAAAGCGAGAGAGAGAGAGAGGUAGAGAGAGGGAGGGAGAGUGAGGGAGACGGGAGCGGACACACUCGGAGUUCAGGCUGGGCGCUCCUGCUUCUUUCUGCCAUGGCUGAUCUCAUCCACCUUCACGACUCUUCAGCCGCGCUCGCGAACCGCUUCGCCCGCAAAGGCGCGCUGCGGCAGAAGAACGUGCACGAGGUGAAGAACCACAAAUUCAUCGCGCGCUUCUUCAAGCAGCCCACCUUCUGCAGCCACUGCACAGACUUCAUCUGGGGAUUUGGCAAGCAAGGAUUCCAGUGCCAAGUGUGCUGUUUCGUGGUCCACAAAAGGUGCCAUGAGUUCGUCUCAUUCUCCUGCCCUGGAGCUGACAAGGGGCCAGACACAGACGACCCGAGAAGCAAGCACAAGUUUAAGAUCCACUCCUAUGGCAGCCCAACCUUCUGCGACCACUGCGGCUCUCUGCUAUACGGACUCAUCCACCAAGGGAUGAAAUGUGACACCUGUGAUAUGAAUGUACAUAAGCAAUGCGUGAUGAAUGUGCCAAGCUUGUGCGGGACGGACCACACCGAGCGCAGAGGACGCCUCUUCCUCAAGAUCGAGGUCAGCGGAGACAGACUCCAUGUCACAGUUGGCGAAGCAAGAAAUCUAAUUCCCAUGGACCCCAACGGGCUGUCAGACCCGUAUGUCAAACUGAAACUGAUUCCGGACCCUAAGAACGAGACCAAGCAGAAAACCAGGACCAUCCGCUCCUCCCUCAACCCCACCUGGAACGAGUCCUUCACCUUUAAGCUAAAGGCCACAGAUAAAGACCGGCGGCUGUCAGUAGAGGUGUGGGACUGGGACAGGACCACCAGGAAUGACUUCAUGGGCUCUAUGUCAUUUGGUGUGUCUGAGCUGAUCAAAGCCCCUGUGUGUGGCUGGUAUAAGAUGUUGAAUCAGGAGGAGGGCGAGUACUAUAACGUUCCAAUCCCAGAAGUAGACGACAUUAACCUGGAGCUGAGGCAGAAGUUUGAGGCCUGUCAACUAAAUAUCCACUUCCUAAAGAAAGCUAAGCUGGGCCCAGGAAAGAAAGUGAUCACUCCAUCAGACCAUCGACGCUUCAGCCUGCCCUCCAGCAACAUGGACAGGGUCCGGCUCAAUGACUUCCACUUCCUGGCCCUCUUGGGGAAGGGCAGCUUUGGCAAGGUGAUGCUAGCAGAGAUGAAGUCCACGGAGGAGCUGUAUGCCAUCAAGAUCUUGAAGAAGGACGUGGUUAUCCAAGAUGAUGAUGUGGAAUGCACCAUGGUGGAGAAGAGGGUACUGGCUCUGAGAGACAAGCCACCAUUCCUCACCCAACUCCACUCCUGCUUCCAAACAGUGGACCGGCUUUACUUUGUGAUGGAAUACAUUAACGGAGGGGACCUGAUGUACCAUAUCCAGCAAGUGGGCAAGUUUAAGGAGCCUCAAGCAGUGUUCUACGCAGCUGAGAUUGCUGUGGGGCUGUUUUUCCUACAUAGGAAGGGAAUCAUCUACAGAGAUCUAAAGUUGGAUAAUGUGAUGCUGGACUCGGAGGGCCACAUUAAAAUUGCAGACUUUGGCAUGUGCAAGGAGAGCAUGUAUGAAGGCAUGACGACACGCACCUUCUGUGGCACUCCAGAUUACAUCGCUCCUGAGAUCAUCGCCUAUCAGCCAUAUGGGAAGUCAGUAGACUGGUGGGCUUACGGCGUCCUGCUCUAUGAGAUGCUGGCUGGUCAGCCUCCGUUUGACGGCGAGGAUGAGGACGAGCUGUUUCAGUCCAUCAUGGAACACAACGUCUCCUACCCAAAAUCCAUGUCGAAAGAAGCUGUGUCCAUCUGCAAGGGGCUGAUGACCAAACACCCCUCUAAGCGUCUGGGCUGUGGUCCAGAGGGGGAGAGAGAUAUUAAAGAGCAGGCCUUCUUCCGGAGGAUUGACUGGGAUCGACUGGCCAACAGAGAGAUCCAGCCUCCAUUCAAACCCAAAGUGUGUGGUAAAGGAGCAGAGAACUUUGACAAGUUCUUCACACGCACCCAGCCCAUGCUGACCCCACCGGACCAGCUGGUCAUUGCCAACAUCGACCAGAGCGAGUUCGCCGGCUUCUCCUACAUCAACCCACAGUUCAUCCACCCGUCUGUACACGGCAGCGUGGUAUGAGGACCCGAAUGCACCUAAAACUCCAAAACACACAGCGCAGGAGGCAGCAGCCUCCGCCACUUUACAAACUCAAUAAACCUAUCUAUACUGUUGAUGACCCUUUAUCAGAGCAUAUUGGAAUGGAGGCCAGCUGGAAGGGGGGGGGACUCUUCGAAUGGGUCCAAACAGGAUGACAGCACUAAAGCAUGUUUCUGUAUCUAUAUGGCGCAAUAUAUUUAAUACAUGGCAGCAUUUCUAAAGUUCUUAAAGGUUCAGAGACCUUAGAGCAAUGACAGCUUCACAGUCUGUUGACAUAUCUGCUUAGGCAUAUCAUGUUGUUUCUUCGUUUAUUGUCUACGCAAUAUAAUGUGGAAUUAAAACUACAAACACAGCAGCAGGAUCUUCAUGUCAGGGUGAGAAUUAAUAGCCCAAUCUUCAACGCAUCAGCUAACUCUGGGGCAGUGGUCAUUGUCAUAAGACAACCGUACAGCCAGUUGGUAAUUGUAAUAUGAAAAUGCUGGUACUUUCCAUCAUGGGCCCACGGCACCCCCCCCUUCCACAACCUUGCCAUUCCAUGUGUGUGAAGCAUGUUGACAUGAAACAGGUUUUUGUGUCUUAGACUUCCCUUCCCUCUUAUCUACUGCCAUUUCUAAAUAUUCUUGAAAUAUAUAUACAUAUACAUACAUAUAUAUAUAUAUAUAUAUAUUUGUAAAUUUAAAAAGUACAAUCUAUUGUUAUAGGAGUGCCAAAAUAUAAGUGCAUUGAAAGAUUUUAUAACUCUCACUAUAUGCAUAUAUGAAUUUCCUACUAAAGCUCUUAUAGAUGUUCUUUGUCCUGACUCAGACUCCAACACACUGUUUCCUGGCUCUGUUUUAUAGCAUGAUAGUUUCUCGAGCUUACAUUUUAUUCAUGAUGACAUUCGAUUCGUUAGGAAUUGUUCUUUGCAUCAGUCAGCAUGCCAUAUACUGUACAUUCAAGGCAGACUUCCUAUAAUAAUGAACAGUCAAAAAUGCACAUAAGGGAUUUGAGUUUUUACAGCGAAAUGGGGCAAAUUGUGUGCAUGGUUAGUCUUAUACCAGAGCUUAUUUGCCUGGUUCAUACUGACUGCAGUGAUGCAUCAUGAGGAGCUAUUUCUUUUCUUCAUGGUGCAGUGGAUGCUUAAUGCAGAAAUGCCCAGAGCAGCUGUGACUCUGAAUGAUCCUGUUGCUUCCGCCAAUGCCGACAAAUGGGAAAAGUCGGGAUAGAUAAUUGAAACCCUCUAAUCAAAUCAGUCUUGAAUGAAUCAAGGUUUCGGGUUGAUUAGUUGAGGCUGCUUUAUACAAAGAAUAGAAUUGACACGCCAGUUCUUCAAGGGUUCUUUAGUGAACAGUUAUAUACCAGCAGUUAUUUAGAACCAUGACAACUAAAGGCAGUUCCGUUACAGCACGAUACGGUUACUAAUCCAAACUCACAACUAUCCAACCCUGGUCAAGUACUAGUUUAAGUCUGUUUCCUAUCACAUAACAGAACUGUGAAAGUAGGCAGGAUUAUCUGGAGGUUGUUUGAUGGUCACAUGGUUUCCAGAUGCUAGUGUUAGCCAGGCCUGGGUCAUCAAGAAUUUGGUGGGCCCCUAUGUGGCUACCUUUUUUUUUGUUUGUUUGUUUGUUUCGGAAUAAUGUGUUUGAAUGUUCCAACCAAGCUGAAUAGUCUGGGUCUUGUAGUAUAUAAAACUAGAAUCAGGUUAUCUAGUGGUUCUAGAAACAAACCUCUUGAAUGAAAUACUUCUGUUAAAUAUGAAUGGCUAAUGUAAAGUUACAUUUUAUUUGUUGGCAUUUAAAAGAGAAUGUUUACCUGCCCUGAUUACGUAAAGACAAUAAGUUGCCAAACAGUACCUUUUCCAAACAUGCUGUGUCCCGCUAUGGCAUGAUAAAAAGUUAUGGUCUAUUGCUCACAGAAACACAGUCAUUUUACGUACAAAAUAUUUAAGCACAAUAUUUACCCCAGUGAAGACAAAAUGAAUUUAAAUUGGACUACCACAGCAGGUGUGGAAAAUGUUUGUGGACCGUUUAUAUCUUUCAGUUUGGAGACAGUUCUGUAGACAGUUUGGAGAACCACUAUUGACACCAACGCAGCAACUUUUGCUUUAGUUUGGGCUGAUGUUUUUUACUUGUGUUUGGUUCAGGAAAAAGGGCAUCCUUUACUCUGUCAGGCUAUCAGGGGUCGCUUGAACAAUUGCUAAGCGUUGCUUUGAGGGAAAAAUAAAGCGGAUUUUCAGGUACGACGUGGAUAGCGUUAAGAUUAUGAUCGGUCAUAACGCAAGGCUGAAAUUAGUUCAUUUUUUUCUAUGCCACUAGUAAAGUUCCUGCCGAGAGCCAAGACUGUUGUUUUGAUUUUGUCAUAACUUGGCUUGGGCUCUUGGCCACACGGCCGUAAAACCAAUGAUCCGGGCCUGCUGUUGACUGGAAACACAAACAACAGGGGAAACUAUGGAGGAGCUUCAAGCUCUGAUUUAACACUUACUCUGCAUUUGGUUUUAUGUCUAGAGCCACAGUCAGCGUUUCUAGUUAGCUAGUGUUUUUUAAAAAUGGAUUGUCAUCUAACUCGAGUGACACGAUUGUGUUUGACCAGUCAGUGGUCUGCAUCAUUUCUAGCUCCACCAACACGUUCCAGCUCAGAUGUUUGGUACCCCAGUAAGACAGGUAACCAAAUUCAGCAUGGUACAGUUCACGAGGCAGAAUAAAUGUCAACAAAAUGCAUGAACACAGAUUUGUAACUGUACUUUACCGCACUGCCUGUUGGACAACUGCCAUAAAACCAUAAGACCUGUAACCUUUCUUUUGGUACUGUUUAAGGCCCUUGCUGCUAAGAGGGUACACUCGCUAUGUAUGCAUGGUGGCCCAUCAGCUAUCAAGUGGUCUAAAUCCGACCAAGAAUUUGUCGCUUCUUCAUGACUUACUGUAAGACAGACUUACUGUAAGAAUGAACAGUCAUAGAUGGACUGAAUGGAAAGACCUCAGGGCCUGUGGGGCAUUUCUGUUUUAACCAGUUUGCUAUAACAAAAUGCACAAUGCAGUUCUAUGAUGCAUGCUUAGUUCUCUGUUUGUAAGGUCCAUUAGAGAACCCAGUAGGGAGGCAGUGAUCUCCAAUAUCAAACCCGCCUCUCUGAUAUUGUGAGACCAAGUGUUUAUGUACUUUCUGGUGAUGAAUUCUGUGUUCUACUAUAUGCUUUGACGUUCUUUUUCGAAAGCCGUGUUUCAAUUAUUAUAUAUACACAUAGUAUUUCUUCACUUUUCAAACAAGCUUAUUUUUUCCUGCACAUAUUUUUGUUUGUUUUAUGUUUAUUUUGUUUUUUUUCUCUGUGAAUACUUUCAUGUCGAGAGCUAUGUUUACCGUUACACUAAAGGAACACUAUAUCAACCUUUUUUUGUUUUGUAAAUGGCUGUUUCAGAAGAGAAUUAACGUUAACUGUAGAUUUUAUACCAAGAACUUGAAUGUGCUUUUACUAACUUAGAUGGUUCUGAAAUUUCUGUAUGUUUUAGAUGAUCUGAUAAAAAGGAGACUAGUUUGGCAAAAACUUUCAUAGCUUUGGUAUUGGCAAAAUCUUGUUAUAUAUGUAUUUCAUGUAUCUACCCAUACUUUUCGUUCGUGUUUAUGAGGCGAUAUAACUAAAGAAGAAGAAUCGAGGUAUGAGCACACCAUUUGGACUACGUUACUUGCCUUGAAUCGACCAGCGCUCCUGCGAGUAUACAUCAUUGUGUUUGCUUUCACUGUGUGCAUGCGAGGGUGCGGGCAAAUCAGAGCAUGCAUCUCAAGUGUCGCAUGAUACAAGAAAUAAAUAAAAAAAAUCCUCUGGGAAUGGCCGUGUCAUGCCAAGUGCAAAGCCCGUCCCAUCCUCUCUCGUGCUGUCGCUUUCGUUCCCAUCUUCCUCUUUUGCUUGGCCACUGGAUGGAGAACUAGAUUAGGCAGUAGUUAGAUUUAAAUAGUACUAAACCUGCUCUUAAUUUCCCCAGAUAGGCUAAAUUUUUCAUCUUUGUAAAUUUUUUCUACCUUCACUUGUGCCAAAAUACCAGUGGAUAUGAAUAUGGGAAACACAACUAGACAACCUUCAGCUAUGACCCAUCAGGUACUUCACUCAUUCUCCUCAUCCUACAUACCUCAGAGGUGUUCCUAUCACACUCAAGAUCGUUGAAUUUGGGGUUUUCCAUUCAUGUGCCAAAGUUCACGGUGAAGCCUCCAUUACUGGAUUUGACCACUCUGUUUUUUUCAUUUACACAGACACAAUUGACCUGUACGUGCUCCAUCCGCAAAAGCUUUCUUCUAUAGCUACUGGGGCGCGGUUGGACAAGCUUUACAAAAACGUUGGCCAAAAUCCAGUUCAACCUAAUGAUUUUGGAGUCACUACAUCCCAUCCGACACCAGAGAGCAAAACAAUAACGCAACAAGAGUAAUAUGAACAGAUUAUAAGAAUUUGAACUAGCUUAUCGUUGGGCUAAAGUAUUUAGAUUAACCAAUGACAACCGAUGACUACUGUUAUUGUUAUCAGUAUAACAAUGGAAAAUAGUAACUACUGUUAGGAGCACAGUGAAAAUAAGAGUUAAGUCCAUCAAUGUCAGUGACUACUGUGAGAAGCCUAUCAUGAUGAUCUGUUAGUAUGAAUAUGAGAAGAGCUCAGUGUAUAGUGAUGCAGGUGAAACCAUGUCAGUGAUUAAAUAGUUUGAGUCUGUGCAGACACCAGUAUCAGCAGGACGCUCCAUGGUGGUCAAACUGGUCCAGAAGACUGGCGAGCAGAGGUGCCCAAUCAAGGCAGAUGAAGCAACAGCAUCAGAUCGCACAGGAUGGGCAGUUAUCCAGCUCGGGAAACAAACACACACAGUUCUGUUUGGGGUGACUGAGAACAAUAUAGUGUAAACAGAGUGUAGCAGUGACUCUGGCAGGUGUAGCUAUUGCAGCCUAGCUUAAGAAGGGAGAGCCAGAAGGUAACAAAAACUCCCUCCCUCAGAGGCCAGCGCCCCCCCCGCUCCACCGCCAACAAACGACUAAGCAAGUGAGAGCAACAGGACGACAUUCUCAGUUUACCAUAAUACUGUGUGCAAAUGAAAACUUAUUACCAAAGGCUUGACUAAACAAAGCCUAGACUUAAAAACUGAUGCUGUGUCUGAGUCCUGAACACUGACUGGAUGGUUAUUCCAAAGCUGGGGGAGCUUUGUAUGAGAAGGCUUUACCCCCUGAUGUAACUUUAUUAAUUCUAGGUACUAACAGUGAGCCAGCACCUUGUGAUCUAAGUAGACGUGACGGUUCAUGUUAAGGGAUAUUUUAGCAUACAAACCUAGAAUACAGGCUUUUAUACUAUGCAUUUCCAUUGCAGCAAUUAGUUCAUCUGCUAAGGCUUAUGUAAGAGAAAUAGACACUCUGCUGUAAAUCAGGAAAUGACUACAAAGAGUAGUUAAGGUAGACAUCUGCUAGCCAUGUGAUCAGUCAUUAGUCAAUUUAAAAUAGGGAAAGUAGAAAGGAGACAACUAAAACUGAAGAAAGAAAGUAAACCACACACACGCUUGACUGUGUUGUAGCUAAUCAAUAAUAGGCUUGAAAAUAGCAUUGUGGCAAAGUCACUGUUGUUUCCAAAGCCUAACAUUAGCUUGAUUACAGAACAACAAAAACGCUACACCUAAUCUAUCCUAACAGAGUGACGUUUCACACCUCUACAUAAUAAAUAUCAUUUUAAAAUAAUAACCCACUGUAAAUGUAGAUAUUUUGAUAAUUUGUGCUACAGUUUCUCAUUGGAUCAACAGAGAUGUUUGCCAUCGUUCUGUAAAACUUGUCCAGACUUGCAGCCAUAUCUAAAGACGUAUUUGUGGGCAGAGCAUGAAUAGGUUCCUUGGUUUGGGUCUCUGGUUUUUCAGUUUCUUCUUCAUUGAAUGACAUGAAGGUUGUGCAGAAUGUUUAAGGACGUUUCUUUUAUCCAGUGAGAGCCGAAGGACUUUAGAUUUUUUUCAGUUACUAAUAUCAGAUGGUAGAUUAUGCCAGUGUGCCCCGUAUCAUCAAGCAAGAACUACAGUGUGUCUCACAUUGAGAGUCUUUGGAAUUCUAUUUAAUAUUUCAACACGUCAGAUAGUGCAUACUUAAAGUCUCCCUGGAUCAAUGAAUAUAGAAAUAUGUCAUAUAUCUUCUUAAGAGAUUUUAGAAUUGCAGUAAAUAUAUUGUCUGGUUAUUCAGAAGGUAUUUUAAAUGCACAUUUGAAAUAUUAUUACUUAAAAAAAACUAACAAAAAAACUAAGGAUAAUAUUAUUGUCAUGAAUUUUAUCAGAAAUCUUUAUUGCACUGAUUACCAGUAGAUCAAUGAAUCCGGGACAGAGUUUUGGUUUGAAAAAAGUUUUUUUUCCCUUCUUGUUUUCCUUUACCCAGUUUUUGCAAAAGUUUGUCCCUUUGUUCAUUGUGAAAGAUACUGUGUAUAAAUAAAUGUCAAAGAAAAGCUG